AUGUUCCAGGUUCGAAAGUUUGGUGCUGAUUGUGACUCUGUACAGCGCCUCCAAGGCCUCCAGAAAGGCUUCAAUCUCGAUUUUCUGGACAACAAGAUAGCCGAGGAGCAGGAGAAGCAGAAGCAAGACAAACAGCAGAAGUCGGGCUCGCCUGCAAAGCGCACUCCGAGCAACGCAACAAGGACGACGAGUGGUAGGACAGAUUCUCCGAGCAAGAGACCAUCCAGUCGACUGCGCGUCCCUGAAGGCAAAGAUGGAUCGCCAGCGAAAGCGCCUGAUCCAGAUGAUUUUGUUAUUGGCGACGAUGAGUCAGUAAACAGUCUGAGCAGGAUCCCUACACCACAGCCAAUAUCGAAAGAUGGCGAAGGCGACGAGCGGAAAGAUGGAGGCAAGCAGGAUGAAGGCCAGGCUGAGGCAGGCGACAAGGGCAAGGAGAAGGCGCGAGAUGCAGAUGAGCUGCCGCAGGAAGUACAGGUGAAGCUACGCAAGCUGGAUGCGCUGACGGCGAAAUAUCAAGGUAUGCUCACGUCCCGCGCACCAUCGCUACAUCGUGAUUGGCAUUUAUUGUUUUACUCACAGAAUUCCACUUGUAUAGAUCUGCUAAGGAACUACCGCACCGCACACCAACGAGUCGCUGCAAUCGAGCCUUUCGAGGCCACGCUACGAGAGCACACUUCGCUGACGUCCAUCGACGAUCCUGGAGCAUUGAUCGAAUUCCUACACCAGCGAAAACAGCAGACGGACAUGACCAUGGCCGAGCUGAGGCGAGUAUUCGACAAGCAUCAGCAGACAAUGAAGGAGCGAGAUGAGCUCAAGAUCAAGCUGCAAAAGGCGGAGCAAGAUGCCAAGAUCGCUUUUGAUGAGGCUGCUGGGCUGCGUCAGGAGCGUAACGAGCUGGAGGCAGAGCCACAAAAGUCUGUGUCUACUUCAGAGGUCAAGCAAGCUCCUACUGAAGCCGCAACAAGUUCUGCGAAGGAUGAAGGCGACUUCUUCUCAUACGAAGACGAGGUCUCGAAGGCUGCUGAAGAAGGCGCAGCGACAGCCACAAAGGCUAAAGCUGAAGAGACAACGUCGAGCGCGAGCGAAGAUACCGCUUUGGUGCACGAGGCCAAAGUCAAGGAGCUUGAGACUGAAGUCGAAACGCUGAAGGUGGAGGUCAAAGAGCAAAAGGACUACAUCAACGAACUCGCUACCGAAAAUGCAAACAUGCGCCAUGAGUUCCUGAUCGCUCAGACUGACUUGGAUGCCGCAAACAAGAAGCUGACGAAACAAGACCGAGAUUUUGCCGAGUUACAGUCAGAGCUUCGAAAUGCGCGAGAGCAAUUAGGCGAAGCCAUAGCUGCCCAAGAUGCCGCCAGGAAAGAAUCUGAUGAAGCAGCAGCUAGCCUAGUACAGAGCGAAAGCCAGCUCGCGGAUCUUCAGGCACGCUACAGCCGAAGUCAAGAAGAGCUCAAGAAAGAGGCUGCUGCUGCACACGAGAAUCUCAAGAAACACCAAGAUGAGCAUGCAAAGAAUCUGAAGGAUGGUGUCUAUGCUCAGCGAGAUGAGAAGGUCAUUGAUAAUCUCAGAAACCUUGUUAAAACUCUCCAGGCGCAGGCAAAGGCAGCGACCGAAGCCAUGGACCGCGCCAAAGGCGAAGUUAAGGACUGGAAGCUGGAAUGCAACAGGCUUGAAUCUGAAUCUCAACAGCCUCGAGAUGCAAUCGUAAUGCUGCGCAGCAAAGAGGCAGAUCUUGCUAAGCUUGAGGAGAGGCUUGAAGUGGCGCACAAGGAGCGUGAAGAUAUGGUUCGUGCCAAGGAGGCCACCGUAAACAGGCUAGAGAAGGAGCUAGGCAUAGCUCAAGAAGAGCGUGAUGCUGCGAUCCGGAAAGCCGAGAGCAAGAAUGGACAUGAGAAGGCCGUCGCGAGCCUCCGAAGUCAGCUCAAGCGCGCAGAGCAGGAGCGAGAGAAAGCCUACCAAAUGAUUCUCGACUGCGGCCGAUGCGGUCAGAUUGAGAAAAAUACCGGAACGCCCUCCGAGGACACUAACAGCACUCCGGUCCGAUCGCGCAUGGGCUCGGAAUCUACUGAGGUCAGUACACUACCUACGGAGGCUGGCAGCGAGACCGCAACUCCUGCGACGCCUUCUGUUGAUGGAGGAGAAACUGCCGGAUCGGCAGACGCCAAGAAAAAGAAAACCAAGAAGAAGUCCAAGGCAAAGAAGAAGGAAACGACUACUGCCGCCAGCCCAGCCCCAAGCGAGUCCAUCAGGGAUGAACUGACGCUUGACGAGCUGAUUGGGGAUCCGACCAAGGCUCCUGACGUCCUAUUGAGAUCAAAGUUCGGUGAGAAUCCGUUAAUCCCGUUAUUUAAGGACGUUGUCGAGAACCUGAGGGAGCGCAACGAUUCGUCGAAUGCACAGCAUGAUGAGCUCCUCCAGCAUCAUGAAAGCAAGAUUGAAGAGCUUGAGCAGCAGCUCCGCAACAAUUCCAUCAUCCUCCAAGCUAAGCACGAGGAGACUCUUGCGCUGCAACAAAGUUUGGCUGACAAGAAAACCUCUGCAGGCACCACUGUGGAGCAAGAAGCUCAACUUGACAGCCUCAAGAAAGAAGUCGAGGCGCUCAAAGAAGAAAUCAUUGAGAAAGAUGGCAAGAUUAAGAAGCUUCAAGAGAGUUUGAAGAGCCAGGCGACCCUGGAGGAGAAGAUUGAAGAACUCACCGAAGAGAAAGACGGCCUUCAAGAGUCCAUGGUAGAAGUCGGGAAAGCUGGUACAGAUGCGAAGCAUGAAUUGAAGGAGAUGAAGGAGCGCCGCGACAAGUUGCAGCAGGAGUAUGACGAGCUCCAGCUCGAAAGCGACAGUGCUCGCAAAGCUCAGAAGCAUGCCGAGGCGUCUGUUCAAGUCCUCACAACGAGAUCGAAAGAGCUUGAGGCAGAAUUGAGCGAACUGAAAACCAAAUCUGUGCCAAGCACCGAGCUUGACGGCUUGCGCGAGCAAGUGCAGAACCUCGAGAGGGAGAAAGAGGCUCUCCAGGUGUCUAAGGAAACGUGCGAAAAGCAGAUUGAGGAAUUCAAAGCUCAGCAGACUGCAAGUGGUGCUGCGUUGGAUGCCAAGGAGAAGUCCCUGACUACAGAUCUUGACAGGUUGCGAUCAAAGAGCAGCGAGCUAGAGAAGGAGCUUGCCCAGGCCAACACCCUCGCACAAGAUCGCUUCAGGUCUCUCGCAGAAGUCAAGGAACUCUACACGAAAGCACAAGCCGAAGUCAAGAAGCUGCGUGAAGAGCUGGCAGGCUUGAAGACUGCGAAGGCAGAACUCGACAAGUCAAAUGCGAUAGUGAAGAAGUUGGAGAUGAAGGAGAAGGACCUGCGAUCCGAGAUUGCAGAAUACAAAUCACGAGCAGCCGACAAGGAGAGUGAGAUUGCGUCGCUCUCCGACAAGGCCAAGAAGGCCACCGACCGAAGCACGGCUCUCGAGGAGUCCUAUGAGAAUGCACGCAAGGAGCUGGAGAAGAGUGAAAGCAUACGCAACGAGGUGACCGAAGCGCGGGAGAAGCUACAGGCUGACCUCAAGAAGCUGCAAGACGAACUUUCCAAGGCCAAGGCUAAAGCCGACAACCUGGAGCAGGAGGCUCGGAAGGCAGCCGAGGAAGCUACUAGGCUGAAAGACGAGCUGCAAUUCACCUCUGCACAACGCGAGAGUUCGCAAAGCAUGAUGGACACCAUGCAAGACCAGACACGAGAGAUGUCGACACGUAUGAAGGAGGUCGAGCAGCGCAAUGAAAGCUUAGAAGAAGAGCUGGCCGAUGCCCAGCGCUUGCUGUCUGAACGCAGUCGAGAAGGCGAGACGAUGCGGAGAUUGCUUAGUGAGGUCGAGGCUCGUGCAGACAGCAGAGUCAAAGAGAUGCGUGAGCAGAUGGAGCUAGCUGUGUCUGAGCGGGAUCGUGCCGAGGACAAUGCGAGCAACAUCGGGCGUAGGAAGGCCCGCGAAAUCGAAGAUCUGAAGUCGAAGCUACGAGAUGCCGAGCAGGAAGCUUCGCGUGCCAAAGAAGCACGAGAGGAUGCUGAGAAGAGGGAACGAGACUUCAAGACCCAGCAAGCUGACAUCGAAGCCCGCGCUGCCCGAGCUCAGCAAGAACUCAACGAGACGCGAACGGCGAUGGAACAAUUGCGGGACAGCCUCGAUGAGACGGAACGGUCAAACCGCGAACUGGAGAACCAACGGCAAUCCCUUCGAAAAGAAAUUGCCGACCGCGAAGCACGACUCGAGAAACUACAAAAGUCUUCGAAACAGCUGACGGAAGAACUCAAGAAGUCACAAGCACGCCAAGCCACAGGCUCUUCUCGGUCCUCGAUGGAAUCCUCUGCCGCGAGAGGUUCGUCCAGAGUCACAUCUCCCGCACCUGUGUCGAUUCGCACUUCAAGCCUGAACGGCGCACCAAUGUCUCCUGCUGGCAGUAGUAUGUCUACCGAACAUAUCAAGGGCGCGUUGUUGAGUUUCUUUUCGAUCAAGGAGAAGAAGCAUCAGGUCGAUUUCGUUAGUGGGCCUAUGGGCAAGAUGCUGGGAUUGAACGAUCAGGAUCGUCAACAGUUGAUUGCGGCGAUACAGGCCAAGUAA